AUGACUACCGACCCGGCAGCGUCCUAUCGGCGAGGAACUAAUAUACAGAUUGAAGAGAAGGUGUGCGUCUUGACCCCAGGCUUGGUUGUGGGAGGUCAGAUCACCCCUUACGGACAGCAGAACUACGUGGCAGGGGCAGCAGAAAACGUAGGAGCAACAGACAGCGGCAGCUACAGACAGCACCGUGCCAUAGUGCCCGAUGGGUAUCAUGGGUCGCCCCUCUUGGUCAACUUCAGCAUCAAAGUCAACGGCAUCACUGAGGCGGACGGGCGACAGACAGCCGUGGUCCUAGACACCUACUUCCGUAUGAUGUGGAAAGACUGGCGCCUUAGAUAUCCUGAGGCGGACAAGAAUGACGAAGAAGACGACCUGGUACAAGAUAAGGAAGAGAAGGUGAGGAAGACAAUUGUAGACCCUAUCAUCUUGGAAAAAAUCUGGCUUCCUGAUCCCAGCAUCUUGAGCGUGAGGAAAGUCUACCUGGUCAGCGUCUUAAAGAAAGUUCAGGGCGUAAUUCUCUUCUCUGAUGGCACUGUGUUCGUCUCCACCGUGCUGAAGAUCGAGUUGGAGUGUUCGACAAUGUUUUCUAAGUUCCCCUUCGACGUCCAGGAGUGCCCACUCGACAUACACAGCUACAUGUACGAGGUGACUGAGCUAGAGAUGAGGUGGGUGCCUCAGGGACUGUCGGUAGACCCUCGAGUGAGCAAUCAGCUCUCCAACUAUGACCAUCGCUUCACCAUGUACCCUGACAACAUCACCUGCCUCUGCUAUAAGUGUAUACCACCGGAAUCACCGUGUGUGAGGGCCAUGCUGGUGUUGUCAAGGAAGGCUCUGGGCCACAUACUGGCCACUUUCCUGCCCUCGGGUCUCUUCGUGGCGGUGUCGUGGGCCUCCCUCUUCUGGCCCUCAGACGUCAUACCAGGCAGGACGGUGCUAGUCAUCACGGCGCUUCUUACCCUCGUGUCCAUGCACUCGGCUGUCAGACAGUCCGGGCCUGAGACGAGCUAUGUGAAGGCGGUGGACGUCUGGAUGUUCAUGUGUGUCCUGCUGUCGACCUGUGUGCUCUUCGAGUAUGGCAUCGUCCUCUUGUGAGUCUCACCUGUUAUUACCUGUACCUCACUUUAU